GCGUUCCAUAGUCCAAUGACGUAACAUUCAGGACUGGACUGGGACGUUAUAAACUGGGACCCGUGAAAAAGGAAAAAUAUCCCCAAUAACUAUGGCUACCAUCGGAGGCAGCUCUUCUUCUUUCAUCAGAGGUACCGUGCAGAGUAUUCCAAUGUUUAGGCAAAGGAGCAUGAGACCAUUUUCCAGCAUAGCAUCUCGGAAUCUGCCGUCCAUAAACACCCGCAGCCGCAGGCUCCAGUACGAACGAGUGCGAGAUACCGCACCCCCUGGUCCGGGGUGGAUGAGGUGUAGUGUUCCGCUCAUACAGCAACAGAAUGGUUUCAGCAUCUCACUCAAGCACCACCAUCAGUUUGAAGCUGAGCAAGGCAAUGCAAGUACUACCAUGGACCCAGAGGAACUGGAGAAAUUCAGGAUUCUGUCGCAACAGUUUUGGAAAGAAAGUGGAGACUUUCAGGCUCUUCACAGCAUGAAUGAUCUGCGAGUACCCUUGAUAAGAGACACACUGUUGAAUCAGAAAGGCGGUGCUAACCGUAGCAAUACAAGACCUCUACAUGGUGCAACCAUUGUUGAUGUGGGGUGUGGAGGAGGCAUUCUAGCCGAGCCUUUAGCGAGACUAGGGGCAACCGUCAUCGGUGUUGACGCCACACCAGAGAACAUUGAGGUAGCUCAGCACCAUGUGAGCCAUGAUCCAACCAUCAGAGGCAAUGUGAAAUACAUAUGUGGUACCGCAGAAGACUUGGUGCGUACCGAGGAUGAGGCAUUUGAUGCCCUAGUGUGCUCGGAGGUAUUGGAACACGUCAGUCAUAAGGAGAACUUUAUCAAAACUUGUGCAGAACUUGUCAAGCCUGGAGGUAGUAUAUUCUUCACCUCUGUGAACCAGACAUGGCUGUCCUAUGCAUUGGGUAUCGUCAUGGCCGAGAAAGUCUUGGGUCUGGUCCCUGAUGGAACUCAUGAUUGGAACAAGUUUAUCAGUCCAGGCUACAUACAGAGAGUUCUGGAAGAAAAUGACUGCUCAGUGAGACUAACUCACGGUAUGAUGUACAAUCCUGCUACCAAGCGCUGGUCAUGGAUGGAGGAUACAAGUGUGAACUAUGCGAUAUGUGCAGUGAAGAGAACUGUCACAGGCGAAGAUCAGGCAGCUUUAUAGUGCCUUUAAACCCCAGUCGCACCGACAACAGACCGACCAAAAAAAUUUAGAGGCCAGCUUGGAGUCGGUUUGGUGAUGUGACCUCAUGUUAUUCAC